GGGUUUGGACGCAGGCCCCAGGUACCCGGAGCAAUGCAGAGAGCAGAGGCAUUAUGUCAUUCCUUCGAAGGAAUGAAUUAAAUGUGCUUCCUCAGGGUCUGAUUGACAGCCCCGCACAGGGACGCGGCAUAUAAGGGGCGGCCCAGAGCUCAGCUGAGGCCACGUCCACCGGCAGAGCUCGGCACGGGACCCGGCCGCUCCCCUGCUCCGGCACAGCCUGGUCCUCCGGACCACGGCGCUCCUCGGCACUGCCUCUUCCUCACAGACUAGGGUCGCAGCUCAGGAGGCGGGAUGCUCCGGGUACUGGUCCUGCUGGUGCUGUGGGCCAGCCUCAGCGUCCGAGCUGGUGAGCAGGACAACGAGGUCUCCUUUGACCUUCUCAGCGUCAGCGGUAUCGGCCGCAAGACCAUCGGUGCCAAGCUGUUCCGCGGGCCUGACCCCGGCUCGCCGGCCUACCGCUUCGUCCGCUUCGACUACAUCCCUCCAGUGAGCGCAGACGCCCUGGGGAGGAUCACCACGCUCAUGCGGCAGAAGGAGGGCUUCUUCCUGACGGCCCAGCUCAAGCAGGACGGCACGUCCCGGGGCACGCUGCUGGCCCUGGAGGGCCCCGGUGCCUCCCAGAGGCAGUUCGAGAUCGUCUCCAAUGGACCCGCGGACACGCUGGACCUCGCCUACUGGCUGGACGGCUCCCAGCACGUGGUCUCGCUGGAGGACGUGGGGCUGGCCGACUCCCAGUGGAAGAACAUCACGGUGCAGGUGACGGGCGAGGCCUACAGCCUGCACGUGGGCUGCGACCUGGUGGACAGCUUCGCGCUGGACGAGCCCUUCUACGAGCAGCUGCAGGCCGACAAGGGCAGGAUGUAUGUGGCCAAGGGCGCCGUCCGCGACAGCCACUUCAGGGGCCUGCUGCAGAACGUCCACCUGGUGUUCGGGGAUUCGGUGGAAGAAGUUCUGAGCAAGAGAGGCUGCCAGCAAGGCCGGGCGGCCGAGAACAACGCCAUCAGCGAGGCCACAGAGACACUGCGCCUGGGCCCUCAGGUGGCCACGGAGUACGUGGGCCUGAGCGCCGCACGGAGGCCGGAGGUGUGCGAGCACUCGUGCGAGGAGCUGACCCGCAUGGUCCGCGAGCUCUCUGGGCUCCACGUCACCGUGAACCAGCUCAACGAGAACCUCAACAAAGUGUCAGACGACAACCAGCUCCUCUGGGAGCUCAUCGGCGGCCCUCCGAAGACAAGGAACGUUUCGGCCUGCUGGCAGGACGGCCGGUUCUUUGCCGAGAACGAGACCUGGGUGGUAGACAGCUGCACUUCAUGUACCUGCAGGAACUUCAAGACCGUCUGCCGCCAAAUCUCCUGCCCGCCGGCCACGUGCGCCAGCCCGGCCUUCGCCGAGGGCGAGUGCUGCCCGUCCUGCUCCCACGCAGUGGAUGGCGAGGACGGCUGGUCUCCCUGGGCGGAGUGGACCGAGUGCUCUGUCACCUGUGGGUCCGGAACCCAGCAGAGGGGCCGGUCGUGCGACGUCACCAGCAACGCCUGCCCGGGGCCGUCCAUCCAGACUCGGGCCUGCAGCCUGGGCAGGUGUGACCCCCGCAUCCGACAGGAUGGUGGCUGGAGCCACUGCCACUGGUCGCCCUGGUCCUCGUGCUCGGUGACCUGCGGCGUCGGCAACAUCACCCGUAUCCGGCUCUGUAACUCCCCGGUGCCCCAGCUGGGGGGCAGGAACUGCAAGGGGGGCGGCCGGGAGACCAAGGCCUGCCGGGGACCCCCGUGCCCAGUGGACGGCCGCUGGAGCCCCUGGUCCCCGUGGUCGGCCUGCACAGUCACCUGUGCCGGCGGGAUCAAGGAGCGCUCGCGGGUCUGCAACAGCCCAGAGCCGCAGCAUGGGGGGAAGGCCUGCGUGGGCGACGUGACCGAGCGGCAGAUGUGCAACCGCAGGAGCUGCCCCGUAGAUGGGUGUCUGUCCAACCCCUGCUUCCCUGGAGCCGAGUGCAGCAGCUUCCCCGACGGGUCCUGGUCCUGUGGCUCCUGCCCAGUGGGCUUCCUGGGCAACGGCACCCACUGCGAAGACCUGGACGAGUGUGCUGUGGUCACGGAUGUCUGCUUCCCCGCCGGCAAGCCGGGACGCUGCAUCAACUCCCAGCCGGGCUUCCACUGCCUGCCCUGCCCGCCCCGCUACCGAGGGAGCCAGCCUUCCGGAGUGGGCCUGGAGGCCGCCAAGACUGGAAAGCAGGUGUGUGAGCCUGAAAACCCCUGCAAAGACAAGACGCACAACUGCCACGCACACGCGGAGUGCAUCUACCUGGGCCACUUCAGCGACCCCAUGUUCAAGUGCGAGUGUCAGACCGGGUACGCCGGCGACGGGCUGGUCUGCGGGGAGGACUCGGACCUGGACGGCUGGCCCAACAGCGACCUGGUCUGCACCACCAGUGCCACGUACCACUGUGUCAGGGACAACUGCCCCCACCUGCCCAAUUCCGGGCAGGAAGAUUUUGACAAGGAUGGAGUCGGCGACGCCUGUGACGACGACGAUGACAAUGACGGCGUGAGUGACGAGAAGGACAACUGCCAGCUCCUCUUCAACCCCCGCCAACUUGACGAUGACAAGGACGAGGUCGGGGACCGCUGUGACAAUUGCCCCUACGUCCACAACCCUGCCCAGAUCGACACAGACAGCAAUGGGGAGGGGGAUGCCUGCUCCGUGGACAUUGACGGGGACGACGUCUUCAACGAGCGAGACAACUGUCCCUACGUCUACAACACCGACCAGAGGGACACUGACGGCGAUGGCGUGGGGGACCACUGCGACAACUGCCCCCUGGUGCACAACCCCGACCAGACGGACGUGGAUAAUGACCUCGUCGGGGACCGGUGUGACAACAAUGAGGACAUCGACGAGGACGGCCACCAGAACAAUCAGGACAACUGUCCCUACAUCCCCAACGCCAGCCAGGCCGACCACGACGGCGACGGCCAGGGUGAUGCCUGUGACUUCGACGACGACAACGACGGGGUCCCUGACGACAGGGACAACUGCAGGCUGGUCCCCAACCCCGGCCAGGAGGACUCGGACGGCGAUGGGCGGGGCGAUAUUUGCAAAGACGAUUUCGACAAUGACAGCGUCCCCGACAUCGAUGAUGUGUGUCCUGAAAACAAUGCCAUCAGUGAGACCGACUUCAGGAACUUCCAGAUGGUGCCCCUGGACCCCAAGGGGACCACACAGAUCGACCCCAACUGGGUCAUCCGCCACCAAGGCAAAGAGCUGGUUCAGACCGCGAACUCAGACCCUGGCAUCGCAGUGGGUUUCGAUGAGUUCGGGUCCGUGGACUUCAGCGGCACGUUCUACGUCAACACGGACCGGGACGAUGACUAUGCCGGCUUCGUCUUCGGCUACCAGUCCAGCAGCCGUUUCUACGGGGUGAUGUGGCAGGCGGUGACGCAGACCUUCCGGCGGUCAGCCCGAUGGGAGGCCCAGCCCACCCGCGCCUACGGCUACUCGGGCGUGUCGCUCAAGGUGGUCAACUCCACGACGGGCACGGGCGAGCACCUGAGGAACGCGCUGUGGCACACAGGGAACACGGCCGGGCAGGUGCGCACCCUGUGGCAUGACCCCAGAAACGUCGGCUGGAAAGACUACACAGCCUACCGGUGGCACCUGACACACAGGCCCCGCACUGGCUUGAUCAGGGUCUCGGUGCACGAAGGGAAACAGCUGAUGGCGGACUCAGGGCCGAUCUAUGACCAGACCUAUGCUGGCGGGCGGCUGGGGCUGUUCGUCUUCUCUCAGGAAAUGGUCUACUUCUCAGACCUCAAGUACGAGUGCAGAGAUGCCUAGACCAGCUCGCUGCACCACAGGGCCGUGUGUGCUGUCACUGCGACUCCUGGCCCGGUCCUCACGGCUACCCUAACAGUGCAGACCCUCCCCCGCCACCAGCCCCAGCUGUGCCUUCAGGGAUAACUUAGAGAACCACAGACCCGAGCCCGCAGGAGAGGAGCUGACGGGAGGGGAGACUGCGGUGUGAGCCAGCCACGGCAUGCCACGUCUUGUGGCCUGGGCAGCACAGCGUGCCUGGGAGAUGCACUCGCUGACAGUCUUUAUCUGUACGGAGCUGGAGGGGCUCUUGCGCGAAAGCCGUUAGCAUCGGUUAGGCACGAAAGGCUUGUGCACCUGCUUUCAGGGUGCCCUGUCAUCGCCCUGCUUGGACCAAACCCCCAGUGACUCCUCCUCCCGCCGGGUCGGGGUGGGAGGGGUCUCCAGGGUCCAUG